UUUGGGAUGGAAUAAUGUUUUACUUAGCACAAACCAAAUUGAAAUCUAACUGUGCAUUUUAUAUAUUUCUUUCGAUUUCACAUACGCUCGUAUUUAACAUGUGAAUAUAUACAGACCAAACAUAAGAAGUAGCAGAGAAAUUAAAGAUUCCACCAAUGAAAUGGAGGAUACAAAAGUUUCUAAUGAACCCGAUAAGAAUGAACCUAAAAAUCGUACCAUUAGCGAUAUAAACAUUUUCCUAUUCUCAAAUGGACAAGUUUAUUCUCCUCCGAGGAAGUAUCACCUGAAGGCCUCAGAAUUGAAAAUUUGGGAAUCCAUGAAAAACUACUUGGCUCGGUCACACUUUGGAUACCUGCAUUCUAGUAUAGAUUUGUACACUAUAGAAGGACAGAAAAUUGAUAGUCCUUUGUGCCUCGAAGACAACAACGCAUAUGUUGCCGUUGAAGUUGGUGAAGAGUUCCUGCCCGGUGGCUAUGACCAAUAUCUCAUGAGGGCAUCCAAAUCAUGGAUCAAACGUUAUGGAGACGUGGUCAGUAACCCCAGCAAGGAAUGUGAUCAAAAAUCUGAAAAGGCAGCAUAUAAUUCUACUCUUGAAAAGGUUGAUGAGAUCUCUCCAUCAUUAACGAAAACUGAUAUAGGUGGUGCAUCAGAAGGCAAAAAAACAAUUGAACCACCAAAUAAGUCAACAGCUCCAAAUACAAAUCCUACUUCACCAAAACAAGCAGAUAAGAAAAAACCAGUACAACGUUCAUCCAUACUACGCAAGAACAGUCUAAACCCAAAUGAUAAAAAAGCGUCAUCGAUUCUACCAUCAAAAAAGAAUAGUACGCCACCGAAAAGGAUUUCCAUUAAUAAGUCACCUUCACGAACUACACCUAAUUCUCAAAGUAAGGAAAAGGAUUUAAAAACUAUUUUGUCACCCGGAAAAGCUAGAAUUUCAUCUCAAUUCGCAUUUGAUGCCAUUUUAUCGACGACUACAAAUACGACUCCAGCGUUUAUUGUUCCAGCUAAAUUGUCUAAAAAAGAAAUAACAAAUGGAAACGAUUUGUCUGAAAAUACCAAUCAAGACGUUAGUCUAGUAAAACCAGCGAACUCUUCACAUAAUAACGUGAAACAAGAAAUGUCGAGACCUGAAUAUGAUUCAGGCCAAAAAGUUUUUGAGACGCUGGAAACUGCCAUAAAAAAUGUCAAUAGCAACAACAAUGAAGGACCAACUAAGAAUCAUACUGAUCCUAAAUAUAUAGAUCCUUUUUCUACGUCAAUGAAUGUUGGUGAUGUAAUUAAUCUUCGUUUAAGCAUAGAAUUAAAGAAUGAUAUGACUGACACUUAUAUUACAAAAAAGGCAAAUUUAACUAUACCAGUGAGCAAUAAUAAUGAUGAUUAUUGGAAUGACCCCGCUGAAAAGAGCAGUCAAGCAAAUAUAGAUGAGGUAGGACCUCGAAAUGAAACAAUGAAGAAUGUUCUUAAUGACUUGAAUAAGAAUGUAAAUCCACAACAAUAUGUAAUUUUUUACUGUGACUGUUGCCAUGGUAAUGUUAAUAUUCAUGAAACCGCUAAACGACCAAGUGAAAUAUUGAACGAUCAAGUCAGAAAUAUAAAUAAAAAAGACUAUAUCAUAUUACUUCCUUCCACCAAACACGACGUAGAACUAAUGGGGUGUAAAUGUGACGACAUUCCGAAACUUGAUAAAAAUGUACAAACUUCAAUAGACAUUGGGAAUGUCGAGUGUAUAAAUGUAGUACCUACCACAGCAAAUAUAGAUCAGUCAAGACAAACAAACAGCAUACCUAUUGGUGUGAGAAACGUUUUGCAACAUCCGUCAGUAGCUUCUGAAAAUGAAACACUUCGUGGGAAAUCAGCAAUUCUAGAUGAUAUUGCUGUAACACCCCCAAAUGAAAGUCGUACACUUUGUACUACUAAUCAAGCAUGUUCAAAUUUAAUAAAUAAAAAUGAUUUUGGCAAAAAUAAAUUAACAAAGAAAAAAAUAAAUAGCCAAUGUGCAGGUGCAGACUACGACGGAAACGGCAUGUGUUCAAAAGAUAAUGAUUAUAUGAUGAAUACCGAAAUUUACGAUGGUGCAAAUAUGUUUAGUCAAGCUAAUACAUUGGACAAAUCUACUCAAACGGAUAAUCAUUCCCUUUUGUUGGAAGCAAGACGACAAAGUGACGGCCACUUCAGUUUUCAUCUACCACCACUUCAUUUGGUAAAAUUAUAUCAGAAGAACUAUUAAAACACAAAAAUAAAAAUA